CCCACAUCAGCCUCUUCGAUCAUACGGCGUAUCAACAGAGUCCGUAGUCCCAACGACUCGAAGACUUCGACCGAGCAUCAGUAAGACUGCAGCGAUUUGAAGACUGUAACUACCCAGCCGACUUAUUCAAUAGUGUUGAAACACGGUAUCGUUGUUGUAAUAGCCAAAAGUCAGAGGCAAAAAUAAUAGGAAGGUCAAUGCGAACAAGUGCUGACUCGGGGGCUGAGCCUCCUGUUGGGAAAGGCAGUCAUCAUUCCGCCUUGUUGUCCGACAACCAUAUUGCUUCUCGUUCUCCCCGUCCAGGCUCUAGUACUGCGGUGCCCAGCAUUGUUAAUAUUUUUCCGCAACAAACCAUAACCAUUAGCCCCGAGUUGGUCGAACCUCAACCUGGACCAGAUUACCAGAGAAUGGAUUCCCCUGUUCCAUCCAGCAUACCUAUCAAGUCCUACGUCUCUAGAGCCUUUAAAUGGGUCCGUGAAUUUAACUCUCUGCCAUGGGUUGCUGGGGGCCCGAUAACUGUCGAGUACGGUCCCGCUCCCGCUGAAUCAAACCACGUGUAUCGACGACCUCUGUUAGCCUGGGAAAACAAGCGCCUGAAACACGUCCUACGACACAGUCCGGAAGUAGAUUUGACUGCUGGAGAAUCCCCGCCAGUGUCGAUACGACAUCCUUCGGCCACCUUCAGGUCAAGCCCAGCACCUGAUAGGCCAUCCUAUUAUACCAAUGAAAAUGGACAGAUAUGGCCGGUUGUGGUCGCGUCUCCCCAAAAUCUGUCACCUCCAGCUUUGUGUGAAAGAGAGUCAUCUCUCGAGUAUCUGCCGCAUGCAAAUGGCGUUCUGCGACCUAUGACUCCACCCCCUCUGCAUGCCUCUCCAGGUGGGACGUGGCGAGUUGAAGGAAACGUGCCACCGCCAUCCUGGAUCAACUACCACACCCCUUCGCCACCGGUAACUUUAUUGGCGCCGGACGAUAGAGACAGUGUUUCGAUACGUGAAGCCACACGUAAGCAGGAUGCGACAGUACCUCCUGGAAACAUAGAUGUAAGGGAGCCUUCUCAGUCUGUUCCACUUCAGUCUCCCGCACAAGUACGAUCUCCGCGGGUGGGUGGUCUUGUAGUCUCCGGAAAUCGCCCGCCAUCAUCCCCGCCAAGUAGACAUUCCUCACCGGCUGAGCUGAGCACACCGCGUCGUCGAUCCUUACUACGCAGAGCAAGAUGCCCACUGCCCCCAAUAUACAACAGCGUCGGUCGAACACCACGUCGGGUAUCCAAUCUGGGUUCGCAUAGUCCUGAGUCCCAGUCUCAAGGUCGAGCAAGUAUAGGGGAGAGCCAAAACAUUGAAGACAGUGUGCAUGAACCAAGGAGGAGUAAUGGACUGCGCAGCUCUUGGGUUGAAAUAGUGAACGUGAAUACGCGAGGCACUGACUCAGGCAGUACUGCGUUACGACAGGCAGCAGAGGACAGAGACUUGCAGAUUGCUCGAGCUCUUCAGUUAGAGGACGAAGGGAUUGCAGACUCUGAUAUCUCUACCCUCCCAGUACCCCCUGUUCUCUUGUCGCGGUCAAGUAUACCUUUUCAACGAACUCGGGACGAGAACCUCAAUCCAUCGUCCUCUAGUACCUCCAACUUCCCGCUUGUACCCCACACACGGCCGCAACCCCCUCUGAUUCAGUCCCAUAUUGUCCCGGCUUCUUCACAUGGAUUUCAUACUGAUAUCCAGCUAUCAUCCACCUCUCCAGCCUUGUUAAACCACCCUUACUCGGGCUACGUAUCAGUGCAACCACCGGCUUCAGAAGAAUAUGGACAACCGGUCCAUGCCGGCCAUAAUGGAUAUGUUUCGUCCAUAGUGCAUUCAAAUGCUAGGACGCGGACGCAAUCGAGGUCUGGAAGUUCGAGCAGGAGGUGA